AAGGUCGACGGGGGUGUCCGGAGGGUUAUAUAUACCAGGCGAGGCUGGAGCAGCGGCCAGUGGAGCAAGAGACAGCGAGGCAGCAUGAGGACCUUGAUUCUGUUGUGUGUGGUGGCGGCGGCUUACGCUCAGUUCGAAAGCGGCUUCGUCAAGAUCCUGCAAGACAAGAGGUACCAAGAUGGCGCCACCUUCGGCAACUACCGUGACCAGGAAGAUGGAAUCAAGUACUUCGAAGAGACUGAUGCCAAUGGUAUUCGGCGUGGGUACUGGGAGUACCCUUCGGACGGAGGCCAGGUUCACCGCGUUGAGUUCGAAGCCGGCCAAGGAAUUGGCUUCAGGAUUACCAACUCAAACAUCCAUGAUUCAACGCCCGUGGUAAAACCCCUGCCCCAGUUCCAGCCACAGCCACAGCCACAGCCUCAGCCUCAGCCUCAGCCCCAUCACCAGCCACAGCACCUGCCACAGCCCCUGCCACAGCCGCUGCCACAGCCCCUGCCACAGCCUCGACCUCAGCAUGUCCCAAGACCAGCCAUUAAUCCUCAAACUACCACCACCCCCUACCCUGGGCCUCAGAACCUUUUCGACUAUCCUGGAAACCUUGAGUUCUCUCGCUCCAAUCUUGGUCAUCGAUUCAAGUUCACUGCUACUUAAAUUCUCUUGUCUCUUUAUUCCUUUAUUCCUUUGUUUCGUUUUCCACUUCCUGUUUACAUUUCUUACCCCUUGCUGAUUUUCUAGUUUCUUCCUGACGUUUUCCUCGAACUACGUUAAGGAGAUCAUUUGCUGUUUAAACCGCUUGAAGGCUUCCAAGAACCUACAGUGUGAUCUAGUCUUUUUUCUUGCAAAUAAGUGAUCAACAAAGAGGAUUUCCUCAUAUUGCAUCACUAAAUUACUCUCACAAAUUUCCAUAUUCUGUAUAUCUUGAUUAUUUUAAAUUCCCCCUAUGUCACACCCCACUAUUUAAGCCAUUCACACUUAUUAUCUUCUCUCUGUCUCUUUUUCUGUCUCUUUCUCUCUCUCGCAGAGGUCCAUGUUACCGUCCCCCCAUUCUUCCCUAAGACCGCUACCGAAGUGUCCUGCACUAGAAGGAAGAUCUACGCUUCGUCGAAGUCUUCCUUCCGGUUCCUUGCUCCACGAGGCUCCAUACUUGUCGUGAGAGUGUGGCAACGUCUUCAAGAUCAACAACGAACACCGCUGUCAUCUCGGUAACGAUGUGCUGGGUCGUCUAGUGAUAUCUAGUCUCCAAGUAUGAUACAAAAAAAAAUAAUCUUUCAGCCUUACUUUCAAGAUACCUCGAAUGAUGCAAUGUUUACACCGUAAGACAAAGAAAUCUAUCGAUAGAAAAAUAGACUCAUUGACUUAAUGUAUGUCACUCUUACGAGUGACUCCUUGAAAGAUGUUUAUGUGUCUCAUCUAACGUGAUUAACGAUCGUGAAUGGAUGAGGUGAAUUGUUUUCCCCCCAAGAUGCUUCUUGGGUUCUCUCCAUCUGUCUGUCUCCAUCUAUUGUUCUGCCUCUCACUCUAUCUAUCUAUCUCUCCUUCGAAUCUCAUUUAUCGAUCGAAGUCGGAUACAUGGGCAUUGUUACUUUAUACUUCUAAUACAAAGAAAACCCUCAUGGUGAUUAUAUUGCAUAGUUCCAUGAGUUAAUGUCACAUAACAGAUCGCAAGUAAAAUGUUACAAAAAAGUUAUUAGAUGUAGUUCAAUUGAAAACCACAAGGGGUAGGGAAAAUCUAUAAAAAUAUAUAAAACAAAAUUUUUUAAGUCAAAAUAUUUGUAUUUAAUAUUGUUUCCAAAAGUAAUUUAACAAUUCUUGUUUCGCGACAAGAUGAAUUCAACCCAAAAUUGAUUUUUUCAUGAAUUUAUACGAUUUUUAUCAAAUAAUUCAGCUACUUCAGAGAUUAAAUAUUUUUUAGGAGAAAAUUAGUAAUAAUUUUGGUAACAAAAAUCAAUGAUAAAACAAAAUAUUAAAACCCCCACAAAAAUACUACCGAGAAAUGUUAUAUAUAUAAAAAAAUCAAAUCAAAACAAAUAAAAUAAGAAUUGUUUAGCAUAUGUGUUGUAAAAUUACUUUUCUAUCCAUAGCUUUUCUAGAAUAAAGGAAAAUAAAAUAUUUUCAUUCAGAAGCUUAUAAAUUCUAAAUUAUAAUUUGUAUGUGCUCUUUAAAUCAUUGAUAUUUGUUUGUUUCGUAAAAUCAGUCACUGAAGCAUUGUAUCUCAAAAUACGUUACACACAUACUGGAUCAAGGUAAUACCUGGAGGUGGGCUAGGCCAUCUAGCAGGUGGGAUAGGCCAUCUGGCAGGUGGGAUAGGCCAUCUGGCAGGUGGGAUAGACCAUCUGGCAGGUGGGAUAGACCAUCUGGCAGGUGGGCUAGCCCAUCUGGCAAGCAGGCUACCCUCUCAGUUCCUCGGCUGAUGUUUGCCACAUUGCUGUCAUUACUGGAGUCUCGGUUGAUUUUCUGUUGAUCUGCAACAGUAGUUCAACGGCAGGACGAGAAACGAUUUCUCAAACAUAUUAUAGCUAUGAUCAUUGUAUAUUUUUUGUACAAAUGUUUAAUAAAUUAUUAAAAUU